UGGCAGUUGAGCAUUCGAGAGAAGCAGAUGAGGAGCUUUCUUGUAGGUGCUAGCUGGUCUAUCAUGAUAACUUGUUUGUCGAAACGAGACUUGUCCUACUAGUCGAAGAGUAAGCACUGGUUCCUGUAGCUACUAGGUAAUUGAUAAUUAACCUCAAACCAGCCGUACGGCACGGAAUCCUGACUCUGUAUUAUUCUUGUUCUAAGCAAGGUCGCGCUUUCUGAUACGCGAUAGAACUCUUCCAUACGCGGUUUGGUUUCUGCGUCGUCGCUCCCGUUUCCAGUCUAAAAUCUGUUACUUGACACAUGAUCGCUUCUCAUUUAUGGACGAUCAGCGGAUGUAGUGGAUAGCUACAGUGGACCACAACAGAGAAAUAAGCGCUUACGGAGGAACAGUGCACUUAGCUAAGCGUAGCUGCGGGGCGUGGCGCUAAUGAGGCCGAAAACGCACUUUCUGCGAGGCAGUGCUGGACUGAACCAGUCUGCGACGAAGCAUAAGCACGAGAGCGGAUCCGACGGUGCAAAAGCAGCGACAGCGCGAGUGAAGGGAUCUUUGAACGAAUCUCAGCCAUCGGAUGGGGAUCAAGUUCAAUGUACGGUGAAAUCCGAACGGCCGUUGACCGCGUCGACUCGGCGUGAGGUUAAAUCUCAGCCGUCGGAUGGCGGUCAGCACGUCGCGCCUAGGAGGAGAUCCUUGAGAUUGUCAGGGAAGCCAGCGGAGACGGGAGGAUUGGAUGAGGAUGAAGGGGCAGGGGGGGUGAAUGAGCGUAAUGCGUUUGGGAGAACGAAGCUCCGAGAGGAAGAGGACGAGGAGGAGGGAGGGGGAAAGCGUAGGGUCAGGAAGGGGCGGAUAGCGAGUGGUGAGGAGAAGGAGGAGGAGCAGGAAGAGGAGGAGGAAGAGACGGAGGAGGGGGAGGAGGGGGAGGAGGGGGAGGCAGGAGAGGAGGAGAAGAGCAGUGAUGACGACGAUGAUGUUGAGGAAGUGGUGUUCGGGGAAGGGGUCACUCGUGGGGAGGAGGACACGUGUUUGGAAGAGGGGGAGGUGCAGAAGGGGGAACAGGAGGAGGAGGACGACGACGAGGGGGAGGACGAGGACGGGGAGGAGGAGGAGAAAGAGCAGGUGGGGGAGAAGGAACAGGAGGAGAUUGAGGAAGCAGGGGGGGAUGCUGAGAACGCUGCUGCGAAAAAAGGGAUGGCCAAGGGGUGUGAGGCUGGAGCUGGAAAUCUUAGCGAGUUAGACUCUCAUAGUGCGCGGGUGGGAAGGGAGGAGAAUGCAACACAAAGACAGAUUGCGUCGCAAGGGGAAAUCUCGUCAGAGGAAGAGAAUGUGAGGCGGAGGGAGACGGCGGCACAGGGACCUGCUGCUGCUGUGCGUGGGAUGGACGGAUCUGUGCAAGCGAAUGGCGUGCUUGUAACGAAGAUUGUGCCACUAGAGGGUGCGCCAGUAGGGGGUGUGCCAGCAGGGGGUGCGCCAGCAGGGAGAAUGAGAAGGCUAACUGGAGCAGUUUUUGGGAGAGGCGCGUUUGAGGCCACAUGGGGCAGCAUGCAGCAGCGCAUCGAUGCAGUCCUGGGGGAGCAUGAGAACCAGAUGGUGGCUCGGCUGCAGCAGUGGGUCAAGACUUCCACCGCUCUGCACCGCUACAAUGCAGGGCAAGAGGAUCAUGUAGCACCUGGCGAGCUUACUCCUGUCCAAAUAGCACCUGCUGUACCGACUAUGACCUGCAAGCUGCCCACGAGUGUGGUGGUAACUGGCUCACUGGACUCCACUGACAGUGCCUCCUUCUGCACUAACCUGCAGUCCUCCCUGCAGCGAAUGGGCUGCUGCCACGUGGCGCUCCUGGAGCCACACAAUUUUGGUGGGGGAGGGCAGUCGGCCAGCCAGGCUGUCUUGAGCAUGCUGCGGCAGCUGACAGGGAAAACUGGGAAGAUCCCUGACAUGGCUGCCCUCUCGGCUUGGCACCAGGCACACACCUGCGCUGCUGCAAGCACCACAGGGAGUGCUGGGCCUGGGAAUGCUGGCACUGCUGGCAGUGGUGGCAGCAGUAGCGGGCUCAGCAGCAGUGGUGCGUGUUCCGUGGCUGUUAUCGUGGUGGAUGCACCUGACUGCAACGUCAGCGCACUCCAUGCAUUCAUCAGUGUUCUCAGUGAGUGGCGCAGCACCCUCCCACUCGCCCUCAUCCUCACCGGCGUCCACUCCUUGCCGCCCGUCUCCCGCCUUCUGCCGCCCAGCAGCCUGCCACAUCUCCACCUCUCCACCUUCGGCCUUCCCUCUCCCCGCGCCCUCCUAGAUCCCCUCCUUCUCUCCGCCAUUCUACAGCCCCUAUCCUCCCCCCCACCAAAACCGCCACCAAUAGCAGCAGCCGCAGCAGCAGCAGCAGCCGCAGCAGCAACAACAGUGCCAGUACCUCUGCUGCUCUCUCACUCCGCCUGGAAGGCACUGUGGGAGUCGUUCGAGCUGCACGAUGGUUCCCUCCAGGGUGUCAAGCGCUGCCUCAAGGCCCUCCUCCAUGCCCACUUCGUCAGCGCACCCUGCGCGCUUUCCUCUGAUCCUCAUGGGCCUCAUGGGUGUGCCACCCACAGUACUGUUGCAGUACCACCUGCGUCUGCUAAACCUCCCCCAGUUGCGCCUCCUCCUCUUGCCCAAUGGGCAUCUGGAGGCCCCGAUCCCACAGCAAAGGGGGGUUGCCCUGUCAAUUCCGCGCCGACAGCACUUCAGAUUGCCCUGGGGUCGGGGUCUCACCAGAGGACUGAGCCUGCAGCUCCUGCGCCUGCUGCUGCUGUGGCGUCCGUGGGCCAGGCGCUGGGUCACACGGAGUGUCUGCAGCGACUGGCGCGUGCGGCGAACGUGCUUGCUAGGCACGAGCUGGAAGAGCAGGAGCGGAGAUGCGAGAGGACAAGGGGUGGUGGCAUGAAUGCAGUGCUUGCAGAGAGAAGUUGCGGGACGAUGGAGGAGGGCAGCACAGAGGAGGUAUGGUCUGAGGAGCCACGAGUUGGGUUGAAAAAGGACAGAAGCCGGUGCAAGGACAGGGCGGAAGGAGGACGGGUGGAAACAUGUGGAGAGAGUGGGGGAGGAGAGGGUGCGAUGGAAGGGAGUAGGGAGACGGGAGGGAGUGGAGGAGGGGAGGAGGGAGUGAGGGGAGGAGGAGAGGAGGGAGGGAAGGAGGAAGAAAGGCAGACGGGAGGGAGGGGAGGGGAAGCAGAGUGGGCUUGGCAGGGGGGAGAUGAGGCUAGAGCAGUGAAGCUGCUGGAUUGGCUGGAGCUCGCUUGUGCCAGAUUGCCUGAGCCCCUUCGUCUGGUUCGGCAGAUCCAAGCCUCGGUCGACGCAGCGGUGCGCCGAACCAAAGCAGAACGAGCAGCAUCAGCGGCGUCACCGCCAGCAGCAUCAUCACCGCCAGCAGCAUCAUCACCGCCAGCAGCAUCAUCACCGCCAGCAGCAUCAUCACCGCCAGCAGCAUCAUCAGCACCAUCUGGCACAGCGGCGCCCCUUCCCUGGCAGCACCCUGCAGCCCCUCCUGCCGCCAACCAGUCGCUGUGGGACCAGCUGCUGCCGCUCGUGGCUGGCAAACUGCAGUCGCUGCUGGCGUCUCUAGUCCGCCUCUGUGCAGUCGACUGGUCCUCUCACCCGCGCCUGCAGCCUUUCAUCGUGGAAGCUCCUGCUUCCCUCUCUUCCACUGCCACUCUCACUUCCCUCUCGGCGUUCCCUUCGGGAGCUGCGGUGCUCUCCUCCCUUCGCUCCGACCUCACCCAGCAAGAACAGCAUGAGGAGGAGAAGGAUCAAGUGCAGUCACAACAGCAACAAAUGCACCUGGUUCCCACGUCAUCAACCGCACUUGACAUCAUUAACUUCUCUAAGCGCUCACCUCAGAAGCAGAUAUCUCCAGCGCCCUCACCUGCACUUGACACCACUACUCCCCCGAAGCCAUCAGCUCAAAGGGGGCUUAUUCCAGCGUCAUCACCCACCCAUGAUAUUCUGGAGAUUACUAGGAGGUCGUCUCAAAUUACCCGUAUCCCAGCAGCCUCGACUGCGCAUGACACAGCGCGCCUGUACGCCAUUGUGUCAGCUAUGCCCGGCCCUGCUGCUGACAGCCGGGACCUCCUCUCGUCCUUUGCUGCCGCCACUCGCGCUGCUUGUGCCCCCCCUGCUGCUUGCACUCCUGCUGCUGCUGGGGCUGUAGCUAGUGAUGCAACGGGUCCUGCAGCGUCGGAGCUGCAGGUGCUGGGAGUGCUGCAGCCUACAUCCCGCCGCCGCACUCGAUCCAUGCACCGUACAGUGCUGCCUUGAUUGAGUAUACCGGUAGUACCACAUACGCAAGUGUUUGUCGACUCGCAUACUGAGCUCCUCCUCACUAUGUGAACUGCAUUAAAUCCAUUCAUACCAC